AUGCUCUCCACCGCCCUCCUCGCCCUGGCGGCCGCCCAAGGCGCCGUCGCCCACUUCGGCCUCACUUACCCGUCCUGGCGCGCCGAUACGCUCGCCCACGAGGACACCUCCAACUACAGCCAGUGGACAUAUCCCUGCGCCGGCGUCCCCUACGGCAAGGGCAACACCACCGACUGGCCCCUCGACGGCGGCUCCCUCAAGCUCGAGCUCCACCACCCCUGGACCUACGUCUUCGUCAACCUCGCCGUCGGCGAAAACUCGACAAACUUCAACGUCUCUCUCACCCCGCAGUUCUGGAACACCACCGGCAAGGGCACCCUCUGCGUCCCCAAGGUGCCCCUCCCCGUCAACGUCACCGACGGCACAAAGGGCAGCAUCCAGGUCGUCACCCUCGGCGAGAGCGGCAGCGCCCUGUACAACUGCGCAGACAUUCGCUUCUCCAAGGACGCCAAGCAGCUCGACGGCUGCUCCGCGGGCAACAUCACCGUCGCGGCCAUCAAGGAGCAGAAGAACAGCACCGCCAACGGCACGGACGGCGCCAACAACUCGACUGCUGGCGGUGGCAAGGGCUCCGGUGCCGGUUCCGUCGGCGUCAAUGCCAUCGCUGUGGGCAGCGUUGCCGGCCUGGCGUCCUUGUUUGCCAUCGGGCUGGGCUUCUAG